CAUGAAACUAACUCCGAGUCCAUCAAACUCUGGGAUCAGUUUAUUGGACAUAUCAAGAAAGAAUAUCAUUACGAGAAAGUAGCAUUGAUAGGGUAUUGUUGGGGAGGUGGAAUUGCGUCCCGUAUCGCGACAAUGGAAGCUGUCAUCGACUCUGCUAUCUGUGUUCAUGUUUCUGGAUCAUACCAGGCAGCAUUACCCAAUGCUCGCGUCCCUGUGGCAUACUUCAUUCCCGAAGAGGAUUCGUUAUGGAACGCUAAUCUAGCCGCAGAAAUCGAGAGAAAAUGGAAGGAGGAAAGCGGGAGGAAAUACCAGUUCAAAGUGUACCCAG